AUGGCGGCGCCGCUGGGUGACGCGGACCUCAAGGGCCAGUACUGGACGGACGAUGACUCCGACGGGGAUAAUGAGUCCGAGGAGUUCCUCUAUGGUGUGCAGGGGACCUGCGCCGCCGACCUGUACCGGCACCCGCAGCUGGACGCCGACAUCGAGGCAGUGAAGGAGAUCUACAGCGAGAAUGCCGUGGCUGUCAGGGAGUAUGGGACCAUCGAUGACGUGGACAUCGACCUCCAUGUGAACAUCAGCUUCCUCGAUGAGGAGGUGGCCACAGCAUGGAAGGUGCUGCGGACGGAGCCCAUCGUGCUCCGCCUGCGCUUCUCCCUCUCCCAGUACCUCGAUGGCCCCGAACCGUCCAUUGAGGUUUUCCAGCCGUCCAACAAGGAGGGCUUCGGGCUGGGUCUGCAGCUGAAGAAGAUCCUGGGCAUGUUCACAUCCCAGCAAUGGAAACAUCUCAGCAAUGAUUUCCUGAAGACCCAGCAGGAGAAGCGGCACAGUUGGUUCAAGACGAGCGGCACCAUCAAGAAGUUCCGUGCUGGUCUCAGCAUCUUCUCACCCAUCCCCAAGUCUCCCAGCUUCCCUGUUAUCCAAGAUUCUGUGCUGAAGGGCAAACUGGGCAUCCCCGAGCCUCGUGUGAACCGCCUGAUGAACCGGUCCGUGUCCUGCAUGGUGAAGAAUCCCAAGGUGGAAGUUUUCGGCUACCCACCCGCCAGCACCCAGGCAGGUGUUGCCCCCUUCAACAUCCUGGUCGGUGGCCACUGCAAGAACAUCCCCACGCUGGAGUAUGGCUUCCUCGUCCAGAUCAUGAAGUAUGCGGAGCAGCGGAUCCCAACGCUCAAUGAGUACUGCGUGGUGUGUGACGAGCAGCACGUCUUCCAGAACGGCUCCAUGCUGAAGCCAGCUGUGUGCACCCGAGAGCUCUGCGUCUUCUCCUUCUACACCUUGGGUGUCAUGUCCGGCGCGGCCGAGGAGGUGGCCACUGGUGCCGAGGUGGUGGAUCUGCUGGUGGCCAUGUGCCGCGCUGCCCUCGAGUCUCCUCGCAAGAGCAUCAUCUUCGAGCCUUACCCCUCUGUGGUGGACCCCAAUGACCCCAAAACUCUGGCCUUCAAUCCCAAGAAGAAGAACUACGAGCGGCUGCAGAAGGCUCUGGACAGUGUGAUGUCCAUCCGGGAGAUGACCCAGGGGUCCUACCUGGAGAUCAAGAAGCAGAUGGACAAGCUGGACCCCCUGGCACAUCCCCUCCUGCAGUGGAUAAUCUCCAGCAACAGAUCCCAUAUUGUCAAGCUGCCUCUCAGCAGGCAGCUGAAGUUCAUGCACACCUCCCACCAGUUCCUCCUGCUCAGCAGCCCCCCAGCCAAGGAGGCCAGGUUCCGCACAGCCAAGAAACUCUACGGCAGCACCUUUGCUUUCCAUGGCUCUCACAUUGAGAACUGGCAUUCCAUCCUCCGCAAUGGGCUGGUCAACGCCUCCUACACCAAACUGCAGCUGCAUGGAGCAGCCUAUGGCAAGGGCAUCUAUCUGAGCCCCAUCUCCAGUAUUUCCUUUGGAUACUCAGGAAUGGGGAAAGGGCAGCACCGGAUGCCGUCGAAGGAUGAGCUGGUACAGCGGUACAACCGGAUGAACACGAUCCCCCAGACCCGCUCCAUCCAGUCCCGCUUCCUCCAGAGCCGCAACCUGAACUGCAUCGCGCUUUGCGAAGUGAUCACCUCCAAGGACCUGCAGAAACACGGCAACAUCUGGGUCUGCCCUGUCUCGGACCACGUCUGCACACGCUUCUUCUUUGUGUAUGAAGAUGGCCAAGUGGGAGACGCCAAUAUCAAUACUCAGGACCCCAAAAUCCAGAAGGAGAUCAUGCGUGUGAUCGGGACUCAGGUGUACACAAACUGAGUGGCGGCGGUGACGGUGGGACCCCGGGACUCCCCGGGCACCGA